AUGGCAAAUCCGACAGCUGCUUUGAGUGGCUCCAGCGAGCGCUUUGGCCUGCGCCUGGCCACGAACCUGGGUCUGGCACAGCCUCACAGCAAUGUUGCUGUCUCUCCGCUACUCCUGCAAACGGCUCUUGCUCUGCUCUUUGCUGGCAUAACGCCCAGCUCGGCGCCAACGGCUCAACAGCUUGCGCGUAGCUUUGGAGCUGCAAUAUUAGGAACGCCGGACCAGGCACUCCAACAAUUUCAGCAGCUGCUGGGGAAUCUGAAGCAGGAGGUAGCCAUUGGCUGCCAGCUGCGGCUGCUCAGCGAGUUCUACACGCAGCAGCGCUACACCUUCAGCUUUCGAGAUGAGUUCGAGGCGCGUGCCGGAACUUUGGGCAUAGGCGUGCAACGGCUAGACUUCAACAACUGGGCAACAACUACAAGCGUGGGUGAGCUGGUUAGCAGCCAUUUGCUGGAGUCCAGCAGCGCCUCGGACACUCCCUUUUUACAUGUCUCGGCGCUGACAUUUCGCGCACCUUGGGCCCAGGCCUUCGAUGCGCAGGAGACGCAAUGCAUCAACUUUUUCCCCGAGGGCAGCCACAACGCCAAGCUAGUGGAUGCCAUGUUCCUGCAGCAUCGCUUUCCGAUAUGCGGAGCUGCCCUCGUUGGAUGCCUGCGCCGUUGA